UAUGAAGACAAAUAUAUAGUAAAGAAAUAGUGUUCUCUUUCUGUUUUUUUCCGUCCUCUGGAGCAGCAGGUUGUCACCGUCAAAAUCACCGUCUUUUGCACAACAGAAGUUAGAACUCAUUGUGAAGUAAGAGAGGGACACUAUUUGGCCGGGGGACAUUAUUUGACAUGACAGGCCCUUGACAGGAAACGUAAAAGAGAGGCUGUGUGUGUGUGAAUGCAAUGAGAGCUUCCCCUUAUAAACGCAGAAGAGAAACAGUCAAUAAUGUCACAGACAGAGAGACAUACAUUUACAACACAGAUAUAGAGUGAGAGAAGAAUGAGAGAAGAUAUGGAAAAAGAGAGCAGAGAGAGAGAGAGAGAGAGAAAAAGAGUGGUGUGAGAAAGAAAGAAGAGAGAGCGAUGAAGAGAGAAAACGAGAAGAGCGAUUGAGAGAGGGACUACUCCUUCUUUGCAGACUGAUGAUUCAGACGUUGUCUGCAGUUCAGAGCGAAAAGAGAGAGGAACCAAGGUACCCGUGAUUUACUGUAGAUCUCAAGAACUUCAGAAAGAGAAUCUCCCACUCACAGAAUCAUCCAACAGCACUGGUAGUCUUCUUCUGUUAUACCAAGUUGUGGUCCCACACCAUGGUCUACAUGACAAACCUGGCCAUCGCAGACCUCCUCCUGGUCCUCACUCUGCCCCUGAGGAUCUACUACCAUCUGGGCUUGUCCGGGUUACCUCAGGUCUUGUGUGAAGGGAUGGGCCUGGUUCUUCUGGUCAACAUGUAUGGCAGCAUAUUCCUCCUCACCUGCAUGUGUUUCGACCGCUGCAUGGCCGUGUGCCUACCCAUGUUGUCCUGGGUCCAGGAGGGGCGUAAGAAAGCCCCGCUGGUCUGCCUUGGGGUGUGGCUGCUCACCGCAGGCGCCAGCCUCCCCAUCUACAUCUCCAAACGCAGAGAGGUGUCCAAGGACAUCGAGGUCAAUUGUUUCGGGAACCUCCCAGUCUACGCCAUGCAGCCCAUGGCGGUCGCCUCGACUUUAACCGUCGGCUUCGGCAUCCCCUUAUUGGUGAUGUUAGUCUGUUCCUGGGCAUUGAUCCAGGCCAUCGCAAGGAGCUCCAUAGCCCAAACAGACUUCAUCGACUCUGGGAAGAUUCAGAGGAUGAUCACCAUCAGCCUGGUGAUAUUCCUCACCUGUUUCCUGCCCUACCAUGGGACUCUGGCCCUCCUCUAUGUCCAUAGGGAGGCGAUAACAUGCCCCCUUCUGGCAGCAUACCACUAUAGCCUAAUGGUGGCCUGUCUGAAUGCCAUGUUGGACCCACUAGCCUACUACUUCACAACAGAGACGUUCAGGGGGAAGAUGGAUAAGGAUUCUGUCAGAACAGCUCUUAGAGGAACAACAGGGAAUCCAGAGGACCAGUCGAUACUUUAAAGAUGUUCCAUCAAGGGCGUAACAGUCUCUUGAACAUUAGGGGGACGGAGUCUAACAUUUGGGCAUUAUGGAUGUUCCCUGUAAACAGUCACAGCUCUGAGGGGAUCAACACGAGGGGAUCCAGGGGACCUGUCAAUACCUGAAAGACUUUAAAUAUAGUUCAAAUGUGGAGUCUUUAUAACAAUUGUGAAUUCAUAAAAGGAUCCACAUGGAUACGAUUCUCAUUGAACUUUUAUCCAAUGAAGCCUCGUCUACAGAGCUGCAUCGGUUAUUGACGUUUGCAGAUGUUACACAUGAGGCUAAAUGAUGCAGGCCCAGGUGUCCAUGGCUCAAAUGGUGUCGGGAUCUACUCAUUCCUGCUGGGUCUUUGCUUUGGGAAUCCUGUUUUGUUGACUUUUCAGCCUUUCACUGACAUUAAUUGGUUGAUGAAGAGUAGCUAACUAAACGUUCUGAUGAAAUACACCAACAGAGUGGACAGAGGCCAGGCUUUGUGUAAUUCAGCUCCAACUACAUUGAUUCACCCAAGGUCAAUGCUUAAACAUUUUGUAAUUAUGAAACACUUACCUUGUGUCUAUGUUUGUACUCUUUAGUUGCGUGCCUUUCUUUGUUUGCUGAAAUCCAUGCUUUUUCAAGAAACAUUAAUCAAAUACAACCACCGACUGUUUGCUCAUUGCUGUUGCUCUAAGAUGGCAACUCAAAUCAAAUCAAAUUUGAUUUGUCACAUCCACAUGGUUAGCAGAUGUUAAUGCGAGUGUAGCGAAAUGCUUGUGCUUCUAGUUCCAACAAUGCAGUAAUAACCAACAAGUAAUCUAACUAACAAUUCCAAAACUACUGUCUUAUACACAGUGUAAGGGGAUAAAGAAUAUGUACAUAAGGAUAUAUGAAUGAGUGAUGGUACAGAGCAGCAUUGGCAAGAUACAGUAGAUGGUAUCGAGUACAGUAUAUACAUAUGAGAUGAGUAUGUAAACAAAGUGGCAUAGUUAAAGUGGCUAGUGAUACAUGUAUUACAUAAGGAUGCAGUCGAUGAUAUAGAGUACAGUAUAUACGUAUGCAUAUGAGAUUAAUAAUGUAGGGUAAGUAACAUUAUAUAAGGUAGCAUUGUUUAAAGUGGCUAGUGAUAUAUUUACAUCAUUACCCAUCAAUUCCCAUUAUUAAAGUGGCUGGAGU